UGGGGAUGUGGCUCCGAAGGGAAGAACAUUCCCGGGUAGUUCCCUUCCCGAUCCCGGGAGACACAUCCAAGGUCAGGCUCUGAGGGAAGCGACUGGAGGGAACCCACGGCCCAGGCCUAUGCCGGCCGUGUCUUGUUCCUCUUCCAGAGCCACCCUGAUUCUGACUUCCUCAGACAUCUGUCAGUCCCAAGGGUGACUCCUGUAGAAAAGGGCCUAACUGUAUGCUGAUGGUUACCUUGAAGUUUCAAAUGCAUUUCAUGAGCCAGGCUCUGCCAUGUGGUGACUCCAUCCACCGUUAAGAAACAACCUCUGCACCAGUAUGUGCGAAGACCACUUUUCCCGAUGCGUGCAGCCUUGUCUAACACAGUGCGAUUCAUGUUUAUUCAAACACAAGACACUCCAAAUCCCAACAGCUUAAAGUUUAUACCAGGAAAGCCGGUUCUUGAGACGAGGACCAUGGACUUCCCCACACCAGCUGCAGCCUUCCGCUCCCCUCUGGCCAGGCAGUUAUUCAGGAUUGAGGGAGUGAAGAGUGUCUUCUUUGGACCAGAUUUCAUCACAGUCACAAAGGAGAAUGAAGAAUUAGACUGGAAUUUACUGAAACCAGAUAUUUAUGCAACAAUUAUGGACUUCUUUGCAUCUGGCUUACCCCUAGUGACUGAGGAAACGCCUCCAGGAGAAGCAGGUUCUGAAGAAGAUGAUGAAGUCGUGGCAAUGAUUAAAGAACUGUUGGAUACUAGAAUACGGCCUACUGUGCAGGAGGAUGGGGGUGACGUGAUCUACAGAGGCUUUGAAGAUGGCAUCGUGCGGCUGAAGCUCCAGGGCUCCUGUACCAGCUGCCCCAGCUCCAUCAUCACCCUGAAAAGUGGGAUUCAGAACAUGUUGCAGUUUUAUAUUCCAGAAGUGGAAGGUGUAGAGCAGGUAGGUAACUGUGGCAGUUUGGGUUUAAUGGUGAGGGGGGACCAAGUCUAUAACCUGUCUUUACUUGGGAAAGCUCCAUAGGUGGUUCUGUUCUGA